AUGUAUUAUCAUGUAUUGCCAUGUACUGCCAUGUAUAGCCAUGUAUUGCCAUGUAUUACCAUGUACUGCCAUGUACAGCCAUGUAUUACCAUGUACUGGCAUGUACAGCCAUGUAUAGCCAUGUAUUGCCACGUAUUACUAUGUAUUACCAUGUAUUGCAAUGUAUUACCAUGUAUUUCCAUGUAUAGCCAUGCAUUACCAUGUAUUUUCUGGCAUAGCCAUGUAUUAUCAUGUACUGCCAUGUAUAACCAUGUAUUGCCAUGUAUUACCAUGUAUAGCCAUGAAUUACCAUGCAUUCCCAGGUAUAGCCAUUUAUUGCGAUGUAUUACCAUGUAUAGCCAUGUAUUACCAUGUAUUGCCAUGUAUUACCAUGUAUAGCCAUGAAUUACCAUGCAUUCCCAGGUAUAGCCAUUUAUUGCGAUGUAUUACCAUGUAUAGCCAUGUAUUACCAUGUAUUGCCAUGUAUUACCAUGUAUUACCAUGUACUGCCAUGUAUAGCCAUGUAUUACCAUGUACUGGCAUGUACAGGCAUGUAUAGCCAUGUAUUGCCACUUAUUACCAUGUAUUGCCAUGUACUGCAAUGUAUUACCAUGUAUUUCCAUGUAUAG